CAUCACCACCAGCAGCAGCAACAACAACAGCAGCAGCGUUCUUCCUUACCUCCGCUCAGUUAUACCCAACAGCUGCUGGAUUAUCGUAAGAGCAUUUCACCCAACUAUUCCAAUCCCUCAUCGUUGAUUGGUACACCCGAAAAGAAACGUGACAAAUCACAAUCGAAUAGUUUGGCCGGUGGUGGUAGCAGCAGUUCGGUGGCUGGUUCAACGACAAGUGGAGCAGGUGGCGCAGGAGCUAAUAAUAGUGAUAUUCAAUUAGAUUUAAAUUUAAGUUCCAGUGAUGAAGAAGCGGAGGCAGCAAAUGCUGCGGCAGCUGCAUCCUCCAGUGGUGUUGGGGUGAAUUCGUCAAGCGGUGUUGGUAACAGCAAUAGCAGCGGUAUAUGUGAACGGGUACCCAGUCCGGCACCAUCGACACAUACAACCGGUUCAACGUCGACAGCAUCAACGGCUAUUGUUGGUAGCAGCAGCACAUUGUAUCAUGGACAUCAGGAUUCCAACCCCGACGAAAGUGAUGGCAAUCAAUCGACCAUGUGGAUUGGCACCGAAGAUGGUUGCAUACAUGUCUACAAUAGUACCGAUAAUAUACGCAUCAAAAAGAAUCGCAUCAAGAUUGAACAUCAUGCUGCGGUCUAUUCAAUAUUGUACCUGGACAAUCGUGUAUUUGUGGCCUUGGCCAAUGGCGAUAUAUGCGUUUAUUUACGUGAUGGAGCCGUCUGGAAUACAACUUCAUCACAUUGUUUAUCUAUUGGAACGGUGACCAGUCCGGUAACGAAGUUACUCAAUGUCCAUGGCAAAUUAUGGUGUUCAAUACAGGGCAUAAUAAAAGUGUUGGAUACUGAAACUUUGGCGGUGGUCAAUCAAAUACAAAUCUCAACGGAUUCAAAACCCAUAACAAAUAUGUGUGUCUCCAGUAAUUAUGUGUGGAUUUCAAUUCAAAAUUCAGCGCAUAUUAAAUGUUACCAUUCCAAUACACAUCAACAAAUCACCGAAGUUAAUUUGGCACAGGCUGUGAAUAAAAUGCUCUCGAAUUGUGACGAAAUUAUACGCCAACAUAAGGCCGCCUGUUUGCGUGUCACAUCACUGUUAUCGUGUCGCGAUCUAAUUUGGAUUGGUACCAGUGCCGGUGUACUACUGACAAUACCCUCCCAGGGUUACGAAAAGGGUGCACCAAAUGUUGUACCCACCGGUAUACCGCAUGGUCAUACGGGACAUGUACGUUUCCUCACCUAUGUCGAGACAACUGGCGCCACCGGCAAUACAUCGAGUACGGACAACAAUAAGGAUCAUGAAACGACAACAUGUGCUGGAUCGAAGUCGCCCAAACCGAAAGGUGAAAAUUCCGCCAAUUCUGCAACAAGUACACCUGGUAAUAUUUUGAUUAUUUCCGGUGGUGAUGGCUAUGAGGAUUUCCGUAAUUCGGGCGCCAAUUCGUUGAGUGAAAUUGCUGGACGCGAAGACAGCACGAAUCAUUUACUUAUAUGGCAAAUUUGAGCCCGAAGGCGUAAGAAUCGCUGGCGCGUACUACUCAAACGUUGGAAAAAUAAUAAUUAGCAUCAGCUGAAUAUGAUUUGGGGUAAAAAGUUUCGAACGUUUUAGCCGCAGUGUAUGGGUAUGAUGGGUAGCGUAGCUGUUACGCCGUAAAUGAAAAAUUGAAUAAAA